UCAUUCAUGCCACCCUUGGAAUGCUUGGAUAAACCUUUGUGUGGGCCCAUUUUCAUCUAUCCCAUGUUAUCCUCAACCAAUGACAUUCGACUACUCUUGAUGUCUACUCCACAAUAGCUCUCAUAUUAUCACUGGAUCCACGGCAUUAAUUCAGCGUCAGUAUUUUUCCAACAACAUAUAAAUAACUCUUAUGCCCUCAUACAUCCACUUGUACUAUUCAUGAUCCUUUUUUUGGCAAAGAGUUCAAGAGGCAUAGGUCUUACUUGAAGCCAUUGGAGCUUCUCCAUAGUCACUCCUUGCCUUUGAUAUGAAGAGAAUUCGAGAUUUUAAUGGUUCACUUUGAAGAGAAGUAGUUUUGGAAGCUCAAAUCUUGCAAAGGCAAGAGAGGGAAACCAAUAGGAGGAUCUUGAUGAUGAAGAGGAGGUCUAGAAGACCCAUGAAUGGGAUUAAGAAAAGGCUUAGAACCCUCAAAAAGCUUGUUCAAAAUAGGAGGUCCAAGGGCUUGGAUGGGCUUUUCAAAGAGACAGCUGAUUACAUCGUGUGUUUGCAAAUGAAAGUGAAGGUGAUGCAGAUGAUGGUUAAGUUAUUAUCUGAAACCGAUGAUUAAUCGGUUGGAUUAAAACAAAUUAAUUUGUUUCAUAGCAUUCAUACAUUUUUCGUCUUGAUUGUCAUUGUAAUUUUAAACUGCUUGGAUCAUGAAUUUAUAAAGGAGACAGGGAAAAGAAAAGACAAAUCUAUCUACCUUUUUUAUUAUAAA